CUGCAAUUAGUUUAGACAGCACCGCUUCCCACACGACUUGGAUACGCACGGUCUUGCAUAGAAUAUUCCUACAUUUUGAUAGUUCACAAGUCAAUUUCUGGCACUAAGAGGGCAGUGUAACAGAAGCUUGCAAUGUCGGAGCACAGCCUGCUAGUAGCAGACAGAACAAAGAGAUAUGACAUUCCGCUUGGUCAUCUGGACUACGGGUAUAUUGAUACAUGUACAGAUACCAAGGAGCUAGAGAGGAUCCUGGUAAUCCUCAGAUCUGGCGAAGAAGGUAUCUACCCUGAUCUGGAAAAAACAUGUGAAGAAAAACUGACAAAGUUGAAUCCAAAGAGUCGUGUAUUGAGAAAGUCAGAUCCUUUACUGAAAUCAUCAGAUUUAGGAAAGAAUGAAUGGGAAGAAAUUGACCAAGGACUGCAGGACUGGACUUCAACCAUGAAGAAUAUGGAUGAUUCAUUCAGCUCCAAAAAAGUUGUCCAGUCAAAAGCAAAGGGAGAGGAGUUUGAUGACGAUGACCUUCCACCAAUCAGAUCUAGUGUAACAUCUGUUAAUGGCACAGCUAUCAACGGAACAGCCAAUGAGCCAGAAGAGAUAAAGAAAAGCAGUCAGAAGAGAGUAAAACCAAGAGACUGGAAGGAAUGGGAUAAGUUUGAUGUAGACAAAGAACUAGAGAAGGUUGAGGAGGAUGGCGAUAAGAAGAAAGAGAAGACCGUCGUUUCAAAAGCCCCAGAUAUUGACCGUCACAUCAGCUCUACAGGCAUGUCUGAUGAAGAGAAGUUGAUGAAGGCCACCAGAGAAAAAGACAAGGGCAAUGAAGCAUUCCGAGCUGGGGACCACGAGGAGGCCAUCUUGUACUAUUCCCGCAGUAUUUCACUGAUGCAGACAGCAGCAUGUAUCAACAACAGGGCUUUAGCCUAUUUGAAAAUACAGAAAUGGGACAAAGCUUUGUUUGACUGUCGAGUGGUCCUGGAUAUGGAGCCUGAAAACAUCAAAGCGUUUCUCCGCAGAGGAUCUGCCUACAAGGGCAAGAAGGAUUAUACAAAGGCCAGAGCCGACUUCCAGCGAGCGUUGGAGCUUGAGCCUGCUAACAAGCGUGCAGAGGAAUUACUGGAUGAACUGAAAACUUUGGUAAAGGAGGAGGAAGAAGAGAAGAAACAAAGGAAAGAAAAAGGACGAAGAAUGGUGAUAGAGGAUGUCGAAGGAGAGGAAGAAGACGGGAAAGCUGAAGACCAUGUGAACAAGUCACAAGGUCAGCCUCAAAUAAAUGGAAGUUCAUCAGCUGAAGCAUUGUGUGGUGAUGCAGAGAAAAGUGAAAAAAGGGUUGGAGGUGAUGAUCAUGUGUCAAAUGGUGAAGGCAGUGAAGUGACUAAUUCAGGGAAGAACAGAGACAGCUUGGCUGGUGAGACUGCAGAGUGUGACAGGUUAGCGUCACCUAAUGCAUCAGAUGUGACAGAGCAGGAGAGAAGUGACAAAGUGACAAGCAGCUCCGAUCAAAAAACUAGUGAAAUAGGUGACAAAGUGAUCAAUCCUGAUGUUAAGUUAGACCAGAAUUAUGAUGAAAGGACUAGUCCAGGAGACACAGGUCAUGUGCAUUCAGCAGGGGUUUCCCAAGUUAACUCAAAGGACAUUAAAACAGUGGACAGCGAGACAGAGAACGUGACAAAGGCUACUGAAGGCGAGGAUAACAACGUGACAACUAAAGUACCAGAGAGGCCAGUUUUAGUACAGACAGUGCUGCCAUCUAACGUGGCACCGCUACGGGAAUCUGGAAAUACUCUGUUUCGCUGUGGGCAGUAUGGUGAUGCUCUUUCUAAAUAUAGCUCUGCCAUAGAGAAACUAGAGAUAGUGAAAUCAGACCAGGCAGUGAACCUGUCCCUGCUAUACAGCAACCGUGCAGCUUGUGAGCUGAAGGUAGGAAACUGUUCAGCCAGUAUCAAGGACUGCAGGAAGGCCCUAGAUCUGGUCCCUCACUCCAUCAAACCACUUCUACGUCGUGGUAGUGCCUACGAGACACUAGAAAGAUACCGGGAGGCGUACGUGGACUACAAACAUGUUCUCACUGUCGAUCCGUCUGUGGAAUCGGCUUUUACUGGAUCAACAAGAUGUCAGAAUGCUUUGAGGGAACAAGACGGCAUACAAUGGAGAGAAAAGCUGCCACCAUUGGAGUCUGUUUCUGCUUGGGAGGUUCCUUUGGUAGUUGAUACCAUAGGGAAUCCUGUCAAUAGAUCUGUGACUACACCCACUGCUCAAAGUGUUCCCAUAGCAACAGCCAAUGAAAAAGCAGCUACAGAACCUGAGGGUUCAGUGUCAACUUCAGUUUCAUCUUCCUCGACGUCAUCUUCAUCAGCAACAUCUUCAGAGACAGAACUUACAACAGAACAGAAAUUUGAAAAUGCAAAGUCAGAAGGCAAUAAAUGUGUUCAGAAGGGAGAUUUUGUGAAGGCGGUAGACUGGUAUACAGAGUGUAUAAGUUUGAUGCCAGACAGAACGGUUGGUUAUACCAACAGAGCGCUGUGUUACCUGCGACGUAAUCAGGUGUCCAGUGCCGAGGAUGACUGCAGUAAGGCUUUAGAGAUGGAGGCCGACAACAUCAAAGCACUGUUUCGACGUAGUCAGGCACGCAAGAUGCUGAAGAAAUACAAAGACAGUCUGGAGGAUCUGACAAACCUGCUCAAAGUAGACCCCAAAAACACCGCAGCUAAGAAGGAGAUGACCCUGGUCAAAAAUUACUAUAGGGAGGAGCUUCAAAAGAUGAAGGACAAUUUGAGUUCAUCACCAAGUGCCGGAUCAUCCAAAGCAGCUGGCGGUGGUAAGCAGAGGAAACGAAUGGUGAUACAAGAAACAGAAUCAGACGAGGAGGAGGACAGUUCAAAGGUCAAAAUCUCAGAUGUGAAGAGUUCUGAGGUCAAGUUUAGUCCAAAAGAGAAAGUUGCAAGCAAGACCCAAGCAGCUUCACCUAAGAAACCAGAAACAAAAACAGAAAAGAAAGGAAAGAAGAUAGUUAUAGAGGAGAUAGAGACGUCUGAUAAAGAUUCAGGCAAACAUAAAGCUCCAGGAAUAUCAAAGACGUCACAGAAAUCUGAAAAGAGGCCAAACCAAAGUAAAAACAUAAAGCCAACAAGUACAGGACUACCGGUGGUGCCACCUAGUGUACCGAAACUUGACAAGGCGACUCCAUAUGAAUUCAUUCAGGCAUGGAACUCCCUGAAGAAAGUGGACGACCUCCAGCCCUACGCUGACUUACUGAAGCAGAUCUCCCCAGCAGAAAUACCUAAAGUGAUCAGCAACAAGCUAGAUGGUCCGAUGCUCACCACCAUUGUACAGUGUUUGGAGUCAAAGUUCACAGAAUCAGGUGAGCUAGAAACAGCUUACAGCAUAUUGACAAACUUGUCUAAAGUUCAAAGGUUCAAGACGAUAUCAAUGUUCAUGUCAAAGCCAGAAAAAUCAGGGGUUCAAAAUAUUUUGACAAGACUACAGAAUCAGAAAUCUGAAGUGUACGAUCAGUCUGAUCUGAACAAAUUGAAGAAAUGCUACGAAAUUAGAUGAUGAACUAAGCGCCAUAAUGAUGGAAUCGGGGAAGACAGAUCUGUAAUUGGACUUACUAAAAGUUGACAACAUUUUGACGUAGGAAUUAUUGACCAGUGGAUGGUAUGCAGUUUAAUAUGGAGAGUUUUUACCAUCAGCACAGAUAGACCUGGAAGCUAUGUUGUACAGUCAGCUGGAAGGGCUUUACCAAGGUCAUACUUGGAAAUUGAAGAAAAAUAGGUUUUUCAUUUGAUGAUCAUUCAAAUCAUAAGAAGUUUGCUGAGUAUUUAUUUCACGUUUGUUAGUGAUAUAAAGUACAUUAUGCACAAUUUGAGUACAUUCAAACCUAUGUUUGUUCACCGGCCUGGUCAGAGGACUAGUAAGAUGUCUAAGGUGCAUGAUUGUAAAGAAGUUCAAUAUGGCAAAAAAUAUCUCAUUAUAAUAUUUAUCGGCUAAAAUUCGCAGCAGUCUACAUAAAACUACAAGUUAAUACAACUCUCUUGAUUCCAAACAAUAUAUACACAGGUACAAUCAUACUUACACACAGAUGACAAUGACAAAGGUAUUGGGACAAGUAAGCACUGUGCCACAUUGAACUGAAGUCACAUGACCAUAUCACAUGACUACUUGAUCACAUAAGUGCUAAAUAUCACAUGACUACUUGAUCACAUGAGUGCUAAAUAUCACAUGCUUUUAUGUAAAGUAGAUGGUGGCUAUUGAAGUAUUUGAAAUGGACUAUUGAAACCCCUCCUUUGCAAAUGAAUACAUUUUGUGUAUCAGAAGAGGCAUAUAUAUGUAAUAAGGAUAAGCAUUUCCAAGUUAUGGUACAUCAACCUAGUGUUGUCCAGAGAUUCUCUACUCGGGGAACCAUCUGUUUUAUCAACCUUGCUAUAUGAAUCCUUGUGAAAUGACACUAUUCUGGCCUUUCCAUUCUCCUUGAUCAACACACAAAAACGUUGUUGGAGAUGUAAUAUGCAUUGUCUACUGAUGAAUUAUUGAAAACAAUUAAAUAUUGAAUAUUUAUAAUUUAAUAUAUUGAAUUUGAUUAAUUUCUGUUCUUAUAUCAGUGUAUAUCUACAUCAAUGCAGUGAAUUAUCGAUUUAGAAUGAUGAUAUCCAAUAUCAUAAACUGGCCAAAUAUUUUGGUCGUCCCACCAUUAUCAUAUUUAGACAGGUCACCAGUAUACGGUCGUGACCUUCAGAUCAGGGAAGGAUAACUCUGCUCAUGAUUAACAGUAUUGAUAAAGUUGUCAAUUAACAUUUGUAUGAGACAUUUGUGAAAUAUUACAGAUGUGUUAUUGACUUAGAGAGUAUUUACUUGAGUGAGUGACUGACUAUCAAUUGAGUGGCCGUUACCUGUUUACGGAAUGUGUAUGAUGUAUAGAACGUAUACACCAGUAUUGUCUUGUGUGAUGGCUUCUGUCGUAUUGUAAUAACUAAAGGUACUUGAAAGAAUUUCAAAUGUUAAUUGCAUAAUUUUAUGGAACAUUGCUUUAAGAAACGUUUUUGUUAAAAGCCGCAAAUGAUUGUAAUUGCUGCCAAGAAAGAUAAUGUUUGUUAUUUAUAGUGAAAUUGUAAUUGAUUGUUCACCAGUAUCAUGUCUGAUGUUAUAAUUAAACAGAUGUCAUAUCUAAUGUCGUUUACUCAUUUAGUCAUUACCCCCUGAAAUUUCAUAAUGGACUAUUCCAACCUUUGAUUUGGAAGAGUUGAAAUGUUACUUCAGGGGUUGAGUUAAAGGGUAUUAUAUCUGAUGUCCUAUUAAAGGAGGUCAUGUUUGAUGGAUCAUAUAUACAGGUCUAUCUGUUAUAUUGAAAAGAGUCAUUGUAUGUGUUAUACUGAACACACAAAUGAUACAAAUUAAAGUGAUUCUUUGUUUGAUCAU